CUGGUUGCGGCGCCGCCUGGCCACGGGGGCGACGCUCGGUUCCGCCGGACUCUUUCUCCUCCACGUGAGGACGCAGGAUGGCAGCGGCGGUGGCGGAGGAAACGGCGGUGAGUGACGUGCAGCGGCUGCUAGUGCAGUUCCAGGAUGAGGGCGGGCAGCUGCUGGGCGCCCCGUUCGACGUGCCCGUGGACAUCACCCCCGACAAGCUGCAGCUCGUAUGCAACGCGCUGCUGGUCCAGGAGGAUCCUCUGCCACUGGCUUUCUAUGUCCAUGAUGCUGAGAUUGUGUCCUCGCUGGGGAAGACACUGGAGUCACAGGCCGUGGAGACAGAGAAGGUCCUGGACAUCAUCUACCAGCCACAGGCUGUCUUCAGGGUCCGGGCUGUGACCCGCUGCACCAGCUCCUUAGAGGGUCACAGUGAGGCAGUCAUUUCCGUGGCCUUCAGCCCCACGGGGAAGUACCUGGCCAGUGGCUCUGGAGACACCACUGUGCGCUUCUGGGAUCUUAGCACCGAGACACCACAUUUCACAUGCAAGGGACACAGGCACUGGGUCCUCAGCAUAUCCUGGUCCCCAGAUGGCAAGAAGCUGGCCUCAGGCUGCAAGAAUGGCCAGAUUCUUCUGUGGGACCCAAGCACAGGGAAGCAAGAGGGCAGGGCCCUUGCCGGCCACAGCAAGUGGAUCACGGGCCUCAGUUGGGAGCCCCUCCAUGCGAACCCCGAGUGCCGCUACGUGGCCAGCAGCUCCAAGGAUGGCAGCGUGCGGGUCUGGGACACAACAGCAGGCCGCUGUGAGCGCAUCCUCACCGGUCACACCCAGUCAGUCACCUGCCUCCUGUGGGGAGGGGAUGGGCUUCUCUACUCUGCCUCCCAGGACCGCACCGUCAAAGUCUGGAGGGCACACGAUGGUGUGCUGUGCCGGACGCUACAAGGCCAUGGCCACUGGGUGAACACCAUGGCACUCAGCACUGACUACGCCCUGCGCACAGGGGCCUUUGAGCCCGCCGAGGCCUCCGUUAAUGCCCAAGACCUCCAGGGGUCCUUGCAGGAGUUGAAGGAGAGGGCGCUGAGCCGAUACAACCUCGUGCGGGGCCACGGCCCAGAAAGGCUGGUGUCUGGCUCAGAUGACUUCACCCUCUUCCUGUGGUCCCCAGCAGAGGACAAGAAGCCCCUGGCACGUAUGACGGGACACCAGGCCCUCAUCAACCAGGUGCUUUUCUCUCCUGACUCCCGCAUCAUCGCCAGCGCCUCCUUUGACAAGUCCAUCAAGCUGUGGGAUGGCAGGACGGGCAAGUACCUGGCCUCCUUGCGUGGCCACGUGGCUGCCGUGUACCAGAUUGCAUGGUCAGCUGACAGCCGGCUCCUGGUCAGCGGCAGCAGUGACAGCACACUGAAGGUGUGGGAUGUGAAAGCUCAGAAGCUGGCCACAGACCUGCCAGGCCAUGCUGAUGAGGUGUACGCAGUCGACUGGAGCCCAGAUGGCCAAAGAGUGGCAAGUGGUGGGAAGGACAAAUGUCUCCGGAUAUGGAGGAGAUGAAGCCUCAGUUUUCUGACUCUACCUGGACUUGGCCUCUGCCAGCUCCCUGCUCUGACCAAAACUCCAGAGUAGGGGGCAUGGCAGUAUGUGCACCCCCCCUCACCAGGGGUGACCCUGAGAACGACCAUGGCCACAGCCCAGUGGGGGCUCUCCCCCAGGUCCGCUGCCAGUACCACUUCAGAGCAGGAAACCAAAAGCUGUGGGAGGGCAUCACCGAACUCCGCUCUUGACCAUCACUCUGUAUCUUGCUGGGGGUGGCAGGGAGGCCAGGCAACAUGGCUGGACCUCAGCUGCUGCCCCUGCCUCCUUUUCCCAGUGUCAGCUCUGUUCAGGGUCAAAUCCCGGAUACUUUGGCCAAAUAAAUAACUUAUAUUUUGUGUGUUCAGGUUAUAAUUCAUUGUCCUAGAAUCCUAGGGCUCAGCCAAGCGCUGUGUGAAUUUUGUUUGUCUAACCCCUGUCUCUGUGCUGGACUACACCAAUGCCAUGCCGCCCAGGAAGUUGCCCCUCCUCCGUUUCCCCCUGUGCCUACGAGGGACAGGCCACUAUCUGCCAGCUGAGACUGGGAGAGCUGGCCGAAGUCCAUGCCGUAGGGUCAGAGGACAAGUCUAAGACAGUGCUGCCCACUGGCCACUAGGCACAAUUGGUUAUUUCCCUUAACUAGAAAGAAAUAAAAUUAGAAAUGCAGUUCCUUGGCACACCAGCUAAAGGCUACUGCCUUGGCCUGCAGGUUGUUUCAGGAUUGGACAGUGCUGCUGUAGGGAUGCCUUCUCUCCCUCUCAUGCAGCACACCUUCUCAAGCCCCUGCAGUGCACUCAGCAUUGCUGGGCUCUCAGGAUACAGAGAGGAAGGCAGUGGCUGUCCUGGGACUCCCUUUCUAAUGGGAUGGUGGGAUGGUGCAGUCAGAGCACCAGCAGAAGCGGGUAUGGGGUGCUGUGGGAGGGUGGACUCUGUAGCCCCAUGAGAAAGGGGUCCCCACCUAGGUAUUCUCAGACCCUUGACCAAGAUCUUGCCCUGCAUGCAUGCUGCCUCAUUUCUACCUGCAUCCAGUACCAAGGUGGAUCAUGGCAUCAUCUACUCAGGUUGAAUUUCCAGGCCCUUCUUGUUAUGAGCUGCUCAGGGCCCUUCUCACCCUCCCCCACCCGCCUGCCCUUCUCUGAUUUUGCAGAUCACCUUGCUGUGAUUCCCAGCCUUCACCUUGCACACAUCUGCAGUGAGGAGGCAAGAUGAUGGCCAGGGGGAGCCAGCAGUGGCUGGGCUCCUCCUCUGUGCCAGGCACUCAGUCUGCUGUGUUCUCACAUGAUCCUCACAAUCACACUGCACCCGUGAGUAGAGGGUUCUAACUUCCCCAGUUUUUUGGUGAGGAACCGAGCCCAGGAAGCUUAACUUUGCUCUCACAUCCAUUAAGAGGAAGUGCCAGGAUUAAAUCCAGAUUCUGUCCCCAAAACUUUUGUAUUUCCCACCACACUCUUCCAGAGCUCAAUCCUAGCACUGACAGACCACCAGCUGCCUCCCCAUCUGCCCCAUAUCGCCCUUUUCCCUGGUAUGAACAUUUCAGUCUUUGAGCACCGCAGCCUCUUCCAAAGGCAAUGGGGUGAUGUUGGCAGUGUCAUGUGGUUGGUGGUGGUAGGGUGGUAGCAUCCUAUUGUCCAGCCACCCUUGUUUUCCAUCCUUGUCCCUACCCCACACACCUGGACUCUUGGUCCUGGCAGAAGCUAGGAAGGUGGGUGGCAGCUGGCCCAGUAGAGGCUGUCUGCAGCAUGAAGCAGAAUUUAGGGAUGCUGAAUGGUCUGCAGUUCUUUAAUGAGGGACCUGGAGCCAGCCCAGAUCUGGGGAAGAGGCAGCCUAGCAGCUGUGGGCAGUGGCUGGGCCUAGCCUUAUCUGAGGUGUCUCCAGAUGAAUGGGGCUCCCAUCUAGCCUUGGCCUCAGCCCAGGGUUGGAGUUAAAGUGCCACUGCUGCCAGGCCCUGGGCUGGCAGUGUUCAGUAGUUCCCUGGUGUGGUUUUGGUUCCUGAGGGCCCUGGGCCAGAGCUGGAGGUAGGUGGGAGGCUUCCUGGGGCUUUCCCCCUUAGUAGGGAAAUAGGUACUCAAGAUCCUCUAGCCUCCGCAUGUCCUCGAGCCCGAUGGACACGGUUUUCCUGUGGGGUUCCCUGCGCUGCACGGUGACCUGGAUGGGAUUGUUCUCUGGGAAGCUGUUGAAGUCAGUGGCCACAGUUGCAAACUGAAAUAAAACAAAACUCAGAAUUCCUU